AUGAGUUUCUUGUUAUCAAUACUAUCAACAUGUCUACCAUGUUUUCCAUCACUAUCAGGAACCUACCUUAAAAUAAAUAAUAUAAAUUAUAAUAUAAUUCGACUAUUAGGGGAAGGAGGUUUUUCAUAUGUUUAUUUAGUUCAUCUGAAUUCAUCAAAUGAAUCAUCUCCCUAUGCUUUAAAGCAAAUAAAGUGUUUAUUCGGAAUGGAAGAUGAAAGUUACAGAAACGCAACUAGAGAAAUUAAAAAUUAUCAUCGUUUUUUAAAUUAUAAAACUCCUUAUAUUAUUCAAUCUAUUGAAGAAGAGAUUAGUUUUAACGACGAUGGGUCAAUUCAAAUUAAUAUAUUAUUGCCAUAUUUUAAUACUUCAUUACAGGAAAUAAUAAAUGAACAUGUUUUAAAUAAUACCAAAAUGGAUGAAAAAGAAAUUCUAAAGUAUUUCAUUGGAAUAUGUAGAGGUUUAAAAAUCAUGCACACUUACAAAACUACAAGAAAUACAGGUACUUUAGAUAACGAUGAAGAAAUAAAUGAUGAUAUAGAAGAACAAGAUACUUUAUUACAACCACCAGAGGAUGAAUUUGAUGUAGAUUCAUCAACAGGUGCAACAAUUGGAGGUAACUCUACGGAAUUACAAGAAUUCAUCCCAUUUGCACAUCAUGAUUUAAAACCAGCAAAUGUAAUGAUAUCAACGGAAGGAUUACCAGUAUUAAUAGAUUUAGGAUCAUGUUCAAAAGCUCGCUACAACAUACGAACUAGACAACAAGCAUUAUCAUUAACUGAUUUUGCACAAGAACAUUGUACAUUACCUUAUAGAGCUCCAGAAUUAUUAGAUGUUGAAACUGGAUCUCACAUUACUGAAUCAACCGAUAUAUGGUCUUUGGGUUGUUUAUUAUAUUGUUGUUGUUUUGGUUAUUCCCCAUUUGAAAAGUUAGAAAUUGAUCAAGGUGCAAAUUUGAAUUUAGCUAUAGCUCAAGGUAAAUAUCAAAUUCCAGAAGAUCAAAAUGGUUAUAGUGAUGAAAUUAUUGGAAUUAUAAAGAAAUGUUUACAAGUUAAAUAUAAAAAUCGACCUAAAAUUGAAGAAGUUUUGGAAGAAGCUUUAAAAAUAAGUAAUUAA